CAGACAAUGGCAGCCAGCAUAUGGACCAAUAUUGUACUGUGGGCUCUUCUCGGGAUGUGUAAAGGAAAUCUUCCCACCGUGUUCUCCAGCGAGGGACAGAAGGUCACUCUGCCAUGUCACAGGACGUCCACUAACUGCUCCACCACCGUCUGGAACUACGGAAGUGACAAAACCAUUGAAAUAGUUGCACAUGGGAUGGUCAGACAUAACCUGGCUGACAGCAGAACCAACCGCCUGAAAGUGGAGUCAAAUUGCUCUCUAACGAUUCUUAAUGUAAAACCUGCAGACGCUGGGCAAUAUAACUGCCGGGUGUAUAACAGUCAAUUAGCAUACAACGACUCGUUCGUUUUUCUCACUGUUCUGAACAUCACUUCCUCACAGCUAAAACCUGAGACAUUGACCUGCUCCCUGCAGUUCUGUACUAAACAUAUAAAUAAAGACAUGAAACUGACUUGGCUGAAUGAUGAUGGCAGUGACCUAAUGCAAGAUACCAGGUACAACAUCAUACAGACCAGAUGUCAUUCAACUCUGACUGUGACUCUGAAUCAGUCAGACCACAACAGGAAGUGGACGUGUCAGCUGACUGUGGAUGGGAGACUGGAGAGCUCAGCCAGCUACAUAACCACUCUCUCUGGAAGCGUCACAGCCAUACAGCUGCCAAUCCGACUGGCUGUUUUUUUCUUUAUUCUGGCUCUGCCUCUGAUCAUUGGAGCUGUAAUUUACACCAGGAAGAGGAUCCGGCCAAUCAGAGACCAAGUGUCCUCAGGGACUGAACUUCAUGAGUAUGUCAAUACAAAUAACAAGCCCUGAUUCAUCAGCACUCCAUCAGUGUGAGACCAUCGAGCACCUGCCGAGCGAAGCUUGUGAUUGGUGGACACAGAGAUGGUGGACAGCCUUCCACAGCCUCACCUCUUCAGGUCCAUCACUCACAACUGCAGCUCGAAAGCCCAAUAAUAUGGAUUUUUUUAUUAUGUAUUAAACAAAGCAAAUUUAUAUGUUUUAAAUUCCUUUCCUGCUUGUUCUUUUUAAACAGUAUUCUCAGGACACGUGAUUAGCUACAAUCAAAAUUAUGACAUACUAAGUCGUAAUUACGAGAUACUAAAUUGAAAUUAUGAGAUGAACUAGACCAAUCACAUUGCUUCAUAUACACAGUUCGCACCUCAUACUCGAUAUUCAGUUAUCUGGCUGUAAAAUCUCUUUAACAAAAGGAAGCCAGGUGGUUGCCUUUGAUGUCCAGCACACAGGCAGUCAUGCACAACGAUCAUCCUUGCGGUUUGAGCCCUUUUCCCUAUCUGUGCUUAAUCUUGUUAGCAGCUACGAAAAUAGGAGAUUUCAGCUGUAUUGAGAUCCAGCAUUUUGAGUUGAUGGUUACUUUUGCAAACCCUUUGAUUUUCCAGAUUCCUGUACAGGGGAAUUUUAAUUAGUAUUUGAAUGUCCGCAUGUUCUCUUCAUGCCUAUUUGUAGUCAUUGGUGCCCUAAGUGUCCAUUCAUAGCAAAAAUUGUAGAAUAAAUGGUCUAUACAUGUAUGUCUGUACAUAUUUAUUAAAGAAUUACACUGUA